GCCGGAGCGCGGCGAGGCCGGAGCGCGGCGGGAACCUACCCUAUGGAAACAACCUGCAAAUCCAGCUCAGAGCACAGGACUUGGCUCAGGUACUCAUGAGACCCUCUCUGCAGACACCCUAGAACAUCUAUGAUGAACCAGGAGGCCAACUCACCUGCCCACCCGGUCCCUGCAAGGCCAGCUCCUCAUGGACCUCGUUAGCCUCCAGCUGGGCACCGAGCACCUGUGGAGCUGGCUCGUGAGGCUGCUCAGUAAAGACCCAGAAUGGCUGAAUGCCAAGGUGAAGUUCUUCCUCCCCAAGAUGGAGCUGAGCUCCGGGGACAAGGCCCAGGAUGCCACACAGGGGGUCAUCCUACAACUCAGAAGACUGCACGCUCAUGGCUGGGCCACUUGGCAGGCUUUCAUCCAUUGCGUGUGCAUGGAGCUGGACGUACCGCUGGACCUGGAGGUGCCGCUGCUGAGCACCUGGGGCCACAGAGACGGGUUCCCCAGCCAGCUGGAGGCUGGUGAAGAAAGCCAACCUGCCUCUCAGCUCCACCAUGGCCUCAAGCGGCCUUAUCAGGGCUGUGGGUCCUCACCCCACCCGAAGCAGUGCAAGAAGCAGCAGCUAGAGCUGGCCAGGAGGUACCUGCAGCUGCUGAAGACUUCUGCCCAGGAGCGCUAUGGCAGCCGGAUCCCGGGGCCAGGGCAACCCCUUGCCUUCCACCAGGCCUACAUCCCCCCAAUCCUGCAGUGGAGCCGGACCACGGCACCCUUCAACACCCAGGAGGGGGCCACCCUGGGGGACCCCAAGGCAGAAGAUGGCACUGAUGUGAGCAUCCAGGACCUCUUCAACACCAGGGCCAACAAGGGCCCGAGGGUGACGGUGCUCCUGGGCAAGGCGGGCAUGGGCAAAACCACCCUGGCCCACCGACUCUGCCAGAGGUGGGCUGACGGUCAGCUGGACCGCUUCCAGGCCCUGUUCCUUUUCGAGUUCCGCCAGCUCAACCUGAUCACACAUCUCCUGACGCUGCCCCAGCUCCUUUUUGACCUGUACCUGAGCCCUGAGGCGGGCCCUGACUCGGUCUUCCAGUACCUGGAGGAGAACGCUGACGGAGUCCUGCUGAUCUUUGAUGGGCUGGACCAGGCCCUCCACCCCCAUUCCAGCAGGGAGAAGGAAGGUCCUGAGGACCCAAGUCCGGCCCUUGCCCUCUUCUCUGGCCUCUGCCGGGGGACCCUGCUGCCUGGCUGCUGGGUACUGGCCACCUCCCGUCCAGGGAAGCUGCCCAACUGCCUGCCCACAGAGGCAGCCACGGUCCACAUGUGGGGUUUUGACAGGCCGCGGGUGGAGGAGUACAUGGUCCGCUUCUUCACGGACCAGCUGCGGCAGGAGGCGGCCCUGGCCGAGCUGCGGAAAAACAGACAUCUCCAGAGCAUGUGCGCGGUGCCUGCGCUCUGCCAGGUCACCUGCCUUUGCCUCCACCAUCUGCUCCCAUGCAGCUCUCCAGGCCAGUCUGCGUCCCUCCUGCCCACCGUGACUCAGAACUAUGUGCAGAUGGUGUCCAUCCUCGGCCCCCGAGGGUACCCGCCUCCCGAGUCCCUGCUGGACCUCAGUGAGGUGGCCCUGAGGGGCCUGGAGACCGGCAAGGUUAUCUUUUCUGUAGGAGACAUCCGUCCGUCCACGAUGGCCUUCGGGGCUGCCCUCGGCUUGUUGACCUCCUUCUGCGUCUGCACGGGCCCCGGGCACCAGGGUACAGGCUAUGCCUUCACCCACCUCAGCCUACAGGAGUUUUUUGCUGCCUUGUACCUGAUGGCCAGCCCCAAGGUGGACAAAAAUGCACUUGCCGGCCACGUCGCCCUCAAUUCUCGCUGGGUGCUACGGACCAAAGCUCGGCCGGGGCUCCUAGACCACCUCCCCUCCUUCCUGGCGGGGCUGGCGUCGUACGCCUGCCGGCCCUUCCUCAGCCACGUGGCCCGGCGGGAUGGGACGUGGGUGGGUGCCAAGCAGGCUACGGUGAUGCAGGCCUUGAGGAAGUUGGCCACCCGCAGGCUCACGGGGCCGAAGGUUGUAGCACUCUGUCACUGCGUGGGGGAGACCCAGGAGCCCGAGCUGGCCAGCCUUGUGGCCCAAAGUCUCCCCUGUCACCUGUCUUUCCACAAUUUCCCACUGACCUUUGCCGACCUGGCUGCCCUGACCAACAUCUUGGGGCACAGGAAUGCCCCUAUUCACCUGGAUUUUGAGGGCUGCCCCCUGGAGCCCCACUGCCCUGAGGCCCUGGCAGGCUGUAAGCAAGUAGAGAAUCUCAGCUUUAAGAGCAGGAAAUGUGGGGACGCCUUUGCAGAAGCCCUCUCCAGGAGCCUGCCAACAAUGCGGAGCCUGAAGAAGCUGGGGUUAGCAGGAAGUAAGAUCACUGCCCGAGGCAUCAGCCACCUGGUGCAGGCUUUGCGCCUCUGUCCACAGCUGGAAGAGGUCAGCUUUCAGGACAACCAGCUCAAGGACUGGGCUGUGCUGAACAUCGUGGAGGUACUUCCUUGUUUGCCACGGCUCCAGAAGCUUGACCUGAGCCGCAACAAUGUGUCCGUGUCAACCUUACUCUGCUUGACAAAGGUGGCGGUCGCAUGCCCUACUGUCAGGACCCUGCAGGUCAGGGAGGGGGACCUCAUCUUCCUUCUUUCUCCGCCCGCAGAAACUGCUGCAGAGCUGCGAGGUCAAUCUGCGUCAGAUACUGUCAUCCCAUCUUGGAAGAGAGACCAUGGAAGCUCAGAUAGAGCGCCAGACCUACAGGGAAAUGCCAGCCAGAGGAAAGAGGCUCAGAGCAGAAGCCUGACACUCAGGCUCCAGCAGUGUCAGCUCAGGGUCCAUGACGUGCAGGAACUCAUAGCCCAGCUCCAGGAAGGCCCCCGCCUGGACGAUGUAGACCUUUCAGGAAACCAGCUGGACGAUGAAGGCUGUCGACUGAUGGCAGAGGCCGCAUCUCAGCUGCACAUCACCAGGAAUCUGGACCUCAGCGACAACGGGCUCUCUGUGGACGGGGUGCAUUGUGUGCUGAGUGCGGUGAGCACGUGCCAGGCCCUGGCAGACCUACACAUCAGCGUGCUGCACAAAACUGCGGUCUUCGUAUUUGCCCCAGAGCAGGAGCAGCUGAAGGAGAUCCAGAAGAGGGCUGCGCCUCGGGUCAGCCUGACGUGCCGGACGCCCUCUGAGCGGCCCCUGUGCCCCACGAGAAUCAGGCUGACACACUGCGGCUUGCAAGCCAAGCACCUCGAGCAGCUCUGCAGGGCGCUGAGAGGAAGAUGCUGCCACACCCACCUGGACUUCUCAGGCAAUGCUCUGGGGGAUGAAGGCGCAGCCCAGCUGGCCCAGCUGCUCCCAGGGCUGGGACCUCUGCAGUCCUUGGACCUCAGUGAGAACAGUUUGUCCCUGGAUGCGGUGUUCAUGUUGACCCCGUGCUUUUCAACUCUGCAGUGGCUCCUCCACUUGGACAUCAGCUUAGAGAGCCAGCACGUCGUCCUGAGAGGUGACAGAACAGGCAGGGAUCAAUUGGCUGGUGGAUCUUUGCCAGAGUUCCCGGCUGGAGCCCAAUUCUUGGCCUUUCGUCAGCCCCGCGUCCGCAGGAGCCUCUGCCUCAGGCAGUGUCAGCUGGAUCCCCUGAGCCUCACCCACCUCUGUGAGACUCUGGAGAAGUGCCCGGGGCCUCUGGAAGUCAAAUUGUCCUGUGAGGUCCUGAGUGACCAGAGCCUGGAGACCCUGCUGCAUCACUUACCCCAGCUCCCCCAGCUAAGCCUGCUGCAGCUAAGCAAGACGAGCCUGUCCCCGAAGAGCCCCCUCCUGCUGGCCGAUCUCUUCAGCCUGUGCCCACGGGUUCAGAAGGUGGAUCUCAGGUCCCUGUAUCAUGUGACUCUGCACUUCAGGUCUAGCAAGGAGCGGGAAGGCGAAUGCUGUGGCAGGUUCACGGGCUGUAGCCUCAGUCAGGAGCACGUGGAGCCGCUGUGCUGGUUGCUGAGCAAAUGUGAAGACCUCAACCAGCUGGACCUCUCCGCAAACAUGCUGGGUGACGACGGGCUCAGGUGCAUCCUGGAAUGUCUGCCUCAGUUGCCCAUCUCCGGUUCGCUUGACCUGAGUCACAACAACAUCUCCCUAGAAAGCGCCCUGGGCCUGGUGAAGACAUUCCCCUCCUGCCCACGCAUCCGGGAGGCCUCCGUGAACCUGGGCUCUGAGCAGAGCUUCUGGAUCCACUUCUCCAGACAGGAGGAGGCCGGGAAGACACUGAGGCUGAGCCAGUGCAGCUUCGGGCCAGAGCAUGUGCCCAUACUGGCCACCAACCUGAACCAGGCCCUACAGCUGACGGCACUCACGAUAACCCAGUGCUGCCUGGACCUGGAACAGCUGACGCUUCUCCUGAGUCUGCUGAGGUGGCCGGUGGGGCUGUUCAGUCUCAGGGUGGACGAGCCAUGGGUAGGCAAAGCCGGGGUGCUCGCCCUGCUAGAAGUCUGCACCCAGGCCUCAGGCAACGUCACUGAAAUAAGCAUUUCCGAGAUCCAGCAGCAGCUCUGUCUCCAGUUGGAGUUUCCCCGUCAGGGGAACCCAGAGGCCGUGGCCCUCAGGUUGUCUCACUGUGACCUUGGGACCCACCACAGCCUUCUUUCCUGGCAGCUGAUGGAGACAUGUGCCAGGCUGCGGCAACUCAGCUUGUCCCAGGUGAACCUCUGCAACACUAGCUCCCUGCUGCUACAAAGUCUCCUGGAGUCCCUCUCUGAGCUGAAGACAUUCAGGCUGACCUCCAGCCAUGUGAGCUCCGAGGGCCUGGCCCACCUGACAUCUGGUCUGAGCCACUGCCACCACCUGGAGGGGCUGGACUUGUCCAACAAUCAGUUUGGUGAGGAGGACACCGAAGUGCUGAUGGGGGUCCUUGAGGGGAUGUGCCGGCUGAAGAGGCUCGACCUCAGCCAUCUCCCGCUGGGCAGCUCCGCCCUGGCCAUGCUCACUCAAGGACUAAGCCACAUGACCCUUCUGCAGAGCCUCCGUCUGAGCAGGAACGGUAUUCGUGAUGUCGGCUGGUACCAGCUUUUCAAGGCUCUCAGAGCGGCCAGCAGCUUGAAGGAGCUGGGCUUGAGCCACAACCAGAUCAGAGACAUCGGUGCCCAGCACUUAGCUGCUGUCCUACCAUGGCUGCCCGAGCUCAGGAAGAUAGACCUCUCAGGGAAUGGCAUUGGCCCAGCUGGGGGAGUGCGGUUGGCAGAGUCUCUCGCCCUUUGCAAGCACUUGGAGGAGCUGAUGCUUGGCUACAAUGUCCUGGGCAAUAGCACAGCCCUGGAGCUGGCCCAGAGACUGCCCCAGCACCUGAGAGUCCUGCACCUGCCAUCUAGCGGUCUGCAUCAAGAGGGGGUGCUGAUUCUGAGCCGGGCCCUGGAUGGACUCCCAUAUGUGGAGGAGAUCAACUUGGCAGAGAACUGUCUGGCCAGAGAGGUCCCACAUUUCCAUCAGGGGCUCCCACUGCUCAGGCAGAUAGACCUGGUUUCGUGUGAGAUUGACAACCACGCUGCCAAGCCCCUUGCCGCCAGCCUGGCUCUCUGCCCGGCCCUGGAGGAAAUCCUGCUGUCCUGGAAUCUGCUCGGGGAUGAGGCGGCUGCGGAGCUGGCCCAGGUCCUGCCACAGAUGAGCCGGCUGAAGAGAAUGGACCUGGAGAAGAACCAGAUCACAGCUUGUGGAGCCUGGCUUCUGGUCGAAGGGCUGGCACAAGGGUCUGGCAUCCAAGUCAUUCGCCUCUGGAACAACCCCAUCUCCCCCGACAUGGCCCAGCGUCUGCAGAGCCAGGAGCCCAGGCUGGACUUCGCUUUCUUCGACAAGCAGCCCCAACCCCCUCGGGGUAGUUGAUGGCCCCCCUCGAGAUCCUUCGAAUUCAGCCAAGUGAAGCCAACUUCCGCUCACCAGGACAGAGGGCUCAGGAAAAGAGCCUCAGCUGGGUGCCCCUGCGUGCUGCCCCAAGAAGGAGGGGCCUAUUUGUCCUGCCAAGGUCUUCAGGAAGGGACUAGGAGCCUCAUAUGGCCAAAAGACUAUCCUGUAUUGCAUGUGACAGGUGUGCCCAGUUGGGGACAUGUCACACAAUGAAAGUGUCAUGAUGUGAUAUGUGACACAGGAGGUCACACACGGCAGAAUUCUAUGUGACGUUCCGUGGAACUUGCGGCGUGGCCUGGGGGUCAGUGGCAUGGGUCCUGGCACCACACCAUGGCAGGGCAUAUGAUCUGUGGUUCACAGAGGACAUGUGACAGAUGCUCAUAUCAUACAACAUGUGGCUGGCCAGAUACCCUCAGGCUGGUAUAAAAUCUAAUUUAUUACUUUUUAAAGCCAAGUAAGUAUUUAUACGUUGCAUUUUCAGAGCAGCAUGGCCAGGGAGUGUUCUCCAUCCAGAAAUGGGAUAGGGAGAGUAUCCAAGCACUGACUAACCCAGUGGCCUGAGGGCCAAGCCGGGACUCAGCCACGAGGCUUUUGGAUGAGUCCUGUCUUGCCUCAAGCCUCAGUUUUCCCGUUUGUAAGUGGGAUGGCUCCCUCCUCUUAAACCCGAGCUUCCAAAGACGUUGGGCCCAGAUCUAGGUAUGGUCCUCGGGAGUGGACGGGCCCAGUCUGACCUGUGUCACGGAAAAAGCCAGGUCGAAGGGUGUGGAGGUAGGCACUCCCAAGAUAAUCAGGGAAGGCCACCGGGUCUAGACACUACCUCAGCAGGAUCCGGGUGAGCUCCCAGCAGGGGCUGCAUGUGCUACCUGAUGUUCUUGUUAUUUCCAAAAAGGCCCGAGGAUGGCCCUGCCACGCUUGAAGCCAAAUGUGACCAAUAAAUGUGGAUGGUAUCCCAGCCUCUACCCCGAGUCUGACGUGUCUUGCUAACUCACUAAGGUCAGGAGUGUUUCACCCCCUGCCCCAGAGCCUGGAGAGCAGGACAGACCACAGAGACAUGACCUGAGA